AUGCGUCUCUUUGAUACUCGCACUUUGGUUCUACCCAUUGCAACCUUGCACCUUGUAACAGCUGUCAACACGACUUUGAGAGCUCAUCUCUCCUGGACUGCAGCUUCAGAUAAGGCCAAAAACUUUUUGUCUCAACUUAACAUCACUGAGAAAGCUGGUCUUGUCACCGGUGGUUUCGGCUCCGGGCAACCCUUGCCAUGUGUUGGCACGCUUGUAGCGAUUGAACGACUCAACUUUAGCGGGCUUUGUUUGUCCGAUGGACCAGCGGGACUAGCUCGGUCCGAUGGUGUCAGUGUGUUUGCAUCUGGGAUCACGGUAGCAGCGACGUGGGACAGAGACUUGAUGUACAAGCGAGGACUGGCACUCGGACAAGAAUUCAGAGCAAAAGGCGCACACGUCCAUCUUGGGCCGUCUGUAGGUCCACUAGGUCGCCAUGCUCGAGGCGGCCGGAACUGGGAAGGUUUUGGUCCAGAUCCUUAUCUCGCCGGUGUCGCAAUUUAUGAGUCUGUCACUGGUAUUCAAGCGGUCGGAGUCCAGGCAGUUUCAAAGCACUACAUCGGCAAUGAACAAGAGACGCAACGUGUACCCAGCAGACUCCCUGAUGGGACUGUCAUCGAGGCAUUAUCUGCGAACAUUGACGACCGGACACUCCAUGAGCUUUACCUUUGGCCUUUUGCAGAUGCCAUCCACGCAGGAACGGCUUCCGUCAUGUGCGCAUACAACCGCGUCAAUAGCAGCUACUCAUGCGCGAAUUCGAACCUUCUGAGUACCAUUCUCAAAGAUGAGUUGGCCUUUCCUGGAUAUGUUGUAUCAGACUGGGAUGCUACACACUCCACGGUGGCGUCUGCAAAUGCAGGACUAGAUAUGGAGAUGCCUGGAACAGCUACCGUGUCUGGCAGGUACUACUUUGGCGAAUCCCUUGUCCGAGCAGUCGAAGCAGGCAAUGUGACAGAAGAUCGUCUCGAAGAAAUGGCUGUAAGAGUCAUGACACCGUACUUUCGCCUUCGACAGGACGAUGGUUUUCCCACUGCCGAUCCUUCUAGCGGCGCUGUGUUCCUCACCUACACAUACGGCCGCAAUUCGCCUUUAUCUGCGCUGUAUCCUGAAGUUCCGGCACGGGAUGUUCGUGAGGAUCACGCGCAAGGUAUUCGCGAACUAGGUGCAGCUGGUACAGUGCUGCUUAAGAACGUAAACAGCACAUUGCCAUUAACAAGUGAGACAAGCUUUGGGCUCUUUGGCAACGAUCUUCCGGACCCAACCCCUGGUUCAGUCUAUCUUGUCUAUGGCGAUGAUGCAUUUGGCAACGAAAUGGGCACUCUUGAUAUUGGCGGUGGAUCUGGCACAGUCCGUCACACCAACCUCGUCAGUCCUCUCGAGGCCAUCCGCAACAAGGUCAAAUCUCUUGGCGGGCGAGUUCAAUGGCUCUUCGACAACAACGAGAUUGCCGAUGGACGCUUCCGCUCUGUCUACCCACGACCCCAAGUCUGCCUAUUAUUUCUGAAGGCCUUCGCGACAGAAGGGUUAGACAGGGCUUCUAUUGACUUCCAGUGGAAUGCGACCAUGGCAGUGGAGAGCACGGCAAGGCUGUGCCCGAACACUAUAGUCAUAACACAUGGCCCAGGUGUUGUUCUUAUGCCUUGGGCCGAUAAUGAAAACGUUACUGCCAUCCUAGCGGCACACUACCCAGGUGAAGAGACCGGAAACUCUAUUGUAGAUGUUCUCUGGGGGAUUUCCGAGCCUGCCGGUCGACUUCCGUACUCUAUUCCGAAGGCCGAGUCAGAUUAUGGUCCACCACUUGUUGAACUAUCUCGCAACAUCACCAACCCUAAUGCAUGGCAGGCAGACUAUACCGAGGGCCAAAUGAUUGACUACAGGCACAUCGACAUGCAGAAUAAUACAGAAUCACUGUAUGAAUUCGGUUUCGGGCUCUCGUACACCAGCUUCGAAAUGGGAAAGAACCUCCGUGUCGAGCUUGUUGAUGGACCAUUGAUGCCGCACGCCGAUCAGUCCCAGGGAUUUGUGCCUGGUGGACUAGCAGAUCUAUGGACCACUGUCGCUAUUGUGACGGUGAAUGUAACAAACUCUGGAGAUCGGGAUGGUUCUUCUGUACCACAGUUGUACGUGUCACUUCCUCGAGACACUACCCCCGUGGGCACACCACUGAAAGUCUUGAGGGGAUUUGAAAAAGUACGCCUUCAUGUAGGCGAGACAAAGGAAGCGCGUUUCGAGCUUACGAGGAGAGACGUUAGUUACUGGGACGCAAACGAGAAGCAAUGGGUCAUUCCUCGUGGAUUCGUUCGCUUCAUGACGGGAUUCAGCUCCAGAGCCUCUAGCUAA